AUGCCUGCCUGUAUGGCUUUUAACCGGUGGUAUGUACCAUCAACUUUCCCCCCAGAUCGAGUCGCAUACCGGGGAACCGCUACUCAGUUUCCGAUCUUGCUGAUCAUCUCAAUUAUGGAUGUUCAAUUAUGCAUGGGUCUUAUCGGUGCCUUGAUUGAUCUCUGUUGCUAUGUAGCUAUCCUAGCGAGCACAAUCCAGUGUUCAAUCUCCCGGUUCACCUUCACCUAUCAUGCGGGCCCUUUCCACCUAGAGUAUGAAGCAUUUCUUAGUGCUACAAAGCAUCACUUCCGCCUAGAUCCCUAG